AUGCAGUGGCCGUGGCACAAGAGGAAAGCCUCCGACGACGAUGGCGAAUAUUUGCUGCCUCUGGCCUCAAAGGUGCCGGGCAUGAACAGUAUGCCCAUGGAGCCCCUUGAGGCGGAACCGCCGCGAGAGCGGCCUGGGCACAUCCGAACGACAUCUGCGCAGUCAAGAAGUGUUGCGGACGAGUUCUCCUUCCUGACAUCAAUAGAAGCUGCCAGCCGGCUGCAAACUUCCCUCACCCACGGUCUGUCAGCGGCCGAAGCGCUGAACCGACUGCGCGAUUGGGGCCCGAACGAAAUUCCUCAUGAGCCGCCUGAACCACUGUGGUUACGAUUCAUCAAACAGUUUCAAGAGCCGCUCAUCGUGCUGCUGCUGGUGUCAGCCGGGGCUUCCAUCUUCCUUGGUAACAUGGACGAUGCGGUUAGCAUCACGGUCGCAGUCACUAUCGUCGUCACAGUUGGCUUUGUCCAGGAAUACAGGUCAGAAAAAUCAAUAGAGGCACUCAGUCAUUUGGUCCCGAACCAUGCCCACCUGGUCCGGUCAGCAUCGAACAAGACACCAGGUAGUGCCCGAACGCCCACCUGGCCGCCGAAGCCCCCGAUGGAUGGAGAUGAGUCGGUGGCAUCAAGCACGCCUGGGGAGGAAAUGCUGGAAGCAACGUCGUCAAAAGUCAUGGCCUCGCAGCUGGUACCGGGAGACUUGGUAUACUUCACAACGGGCGAUCGUAUUCCAGCCGACAUUCGAGUUACGAAGGCCUCAGAUCUGACAAUCGACGAAUCGAACUUGACGGGCGAGAACGAGCCGGUGCGAAUUACCGCUGAUCCACGAUCGCGUGGUGUGCUAUCGCCAGCGUAUGGGGCCGACACCCUCCAAUUACCUAGCCCUUCGGCGCUGUCUGACGGUAGAGAGGCCAGCGGAAGCGGCGACAACAACAUCGCUUGGAUGGGAACAUUGGUCAGAUCCGGACAUGGGCAAGGAGUUGUCUUUGCGACAGGUGGGAACACCCAUUUUGGCACCAUCGCAACCAGUGUGUCGGGAACCGAAAGUCCGCGCUCACCACUCCAAUUGUCAAUGGACGAUCUUGGCUCCCAACUGAGCAAGGUGUCUUUCGUCAUUAUCGGCAUGAUCUCUCUGGUAGGCUGGCUUCAGGGUAAGAAGCUGAUGGAGAUUUUCACCAUUUCAAUUUCGCUCGCUGUUGCAGCUAUUCCCGAAGGCUUGCCAAUCAUUGUGACGGUCACUUUGGCCCUCGGCGUUCAUAGAAUGGCCCGUCACAACGCCAUCGUGCGCAGAAUGCCGAAAGUAGAGACUCUGGGCUCGGUGAACGUUGUUUGCACCGACAAGACGGGUACUUUGACUAUGAAUCAUAUGACUACCGCCAAGAUGUGGUACUUUGGUGCCAACGAUGCCAUAGAUGUAGAUUCCGACGACGAAGCAACCGAGACUAAGCCUGAUCCUGCUACUUUGCGCAUCUUGCGUAUUGGUAACAUCGCAAACAACGGCCGCCUCGCACAGCAGUACACCGAAAAUGGCGCAGCAGCCAGGGCCGUGCUCUCGUCAACACAGGGAACUGACUUUGCCUCGACCUUCACGCGCUGGUGUGGACAACCUACCGAUGUUGCUAUGCUUGAUCUCCUCGACAGAUUCAAGGAGCACGACGUUCGCGAGUCUAUUGGCCCCCGUCUCAGCGAAACUCCGUUCAGUUCUGAACGGAAGUGGAUGGGAGUCACCAUCGGAACUGAUUCCAAAGAAUUUGCCUACAUGAAGGGGGCUAUUGAUAGAGUUCUGGACGCUUGCGACACCUAUCUCACUCGCGACGGACGAGAGAUUGUCCUCGACUCUGCGCGUCGUAGCGAGGCCAUUCAAGCAGCCGAGACUAUGGCUGCAAAGGGUCUACGAGUACUUGCCUUUGCCAGCGGUGCUGUGUCACGAUCUACCAAGGGCAGAACGACUUUAGCGCCAACCACUCGCAGCAGCACUCCAGGUAGCCCGCGUCCUCAACAAGACGAGACAUAUAGAGGUCUUACCUUUGCCGGGUUGGUCGGUAUGAGCGAUCCCCCCCGGCCUGGGGUUGGCCGUUCGAUUAGGAAGCUUCUGCGUGGAGGAGUCAAGGUUGUGAUGAUCACGGGCGAUGCCGAGACCACUGCUGUUGCCAUUGGCAGGCAGCUCGGCAUGCCAAUCGCCAAAGCAAGUGAGGCGGGAUCCAGUGCUUUGGCCGUUCGUCCCGUCCUCAGAGGCGAGGACGUUGAUGCCAUGUCGGAAGAGGAAUUGUCUCAAGCGAUUCAGCACACCACUAUUUUUGCUCGCACGAACCCGGAUCACAAGCUCAAAAUCAUUAAAGCUUUCCAGGCCAGAGGCGAUAUCGUCGCCAUGACUGGAGACGGUGUGAAUGACGCUCCGGCACUGAAGCGAGCCGAUAUUGGUAUUUCCAUGGGCUUACACGGAACCGAUGUUGCCAAGGAGGCUGCGGAUAUGAUCCUGACAGACGAUGACUUCUCGACGAUUCUACGGGCCAUUGAAGAGGGCAAGGGAAUCUUCAACAACAUCCAGAACUUCCUGACUUUCCAGCUUAGCACAAGCGCUGCCGGAUUGUCAUUGGUAUUCUUCUGCACUCUACUCGGCUUCAAGUCGCCCCUGAAUGCGAUGCAGAUUCUCUGGAUUAAUAUCAUCAUGGAUGGACCGCCCGCUCAAUCGCUCGGCGUGGAGGCUGUCGACGCCGAUGUCAUGAAUCGCCCUCCUCGCAAGCGCAAUGAUGCGGUGCUCACCAAAGCCGUUCUUUACCGCGUCCUCACCUCGGCUUCCAUCGUCAUGUUGGGUACUAUGCUCGUGUACAGCCGCGAGAUGCUGUCGGAUGGCGAGGUUAACCGCCGCGACACUACGAUGACCUUCACUUGCUUUGUAUUAUUUGACAUGUUUAACGCUCUGGCCUGUCGUUCCGAGUCCAAGUCGGUUCUGCGAGGCGAAGUUGGACUCUUCUCCAACACGCUCUUCAACUGGGCUGUCUCGCUCAGUAUUGCGGGCCAAUUGCUCGUUAUAUACUUCCCCUGGCUCCAGGAGGUUUUCCAGACGGAAGCGUUGGGCUUCUUCGACUUGGUUGGUCUGUUGAUGCUUUGCAGCACGGUGUUCUGGGCGGAUGAGUUUAGAAAAUAUUGGAAGUAUGCCAGGCGGAGGCUGGCCGGUGGUUACAGCAGCUAUGCACCUCUCAGCCAGCUUGCGCCAAUGUCAACCCUCACGAAUGGCGUCUCUUCCCAUCGCGCGGACAGCGACAAUGCCGCCGACAGCGCAGCACUCGCCGCAGCAGCUGCCCGACCUGGCAGUAGCUCCAACACCACCUCCAUCUACGCUGCCUCGAGCGUCGCCGAGGUCCGCGCCGCCCUAGACGCCCUCCACGCCCGCGAAUCGACAGUUACGAGCCGCCUCGAUGCUCUCCUGGGCUCGCAGGCCGACCUCGCCCGCGAAUUGGGCCGGCUCGACCUCCUCCGCGCGGGGCUCGGCAGCCAGGUCAUCGCCGCGCGGUCCAUCGGUAACGACAUGCUCGCGACGGCGGCUGACACGGCGGGUCGGCUGAGUAAUAAGGUGAAGGAGCUGGAUCUGGAGAAGAGCCGCGUCGAGGACACGCUCGAGGUCGUGAAGCAGGUCGUGGAGCUCAAGGCUUGCGUGCAGGGCGUCGUGGGCAGCAUGGGUGCCCCGCAGGAUUGGGAGGCUGCAGCGGCGUACCUUGCGCGCGCUGCGCAGGUGCCCGAGGAUAUCACAAAGGGCAAGUUUGCGUCGUCGAUCGUGCCCUCCGUCGAAGUGCCCGACCCGCCGUGGGUUACGCUCGAGAACGCCAAGGAAAGUUUGUGUGGACUGUUCCUGAGGGAGUUCGAGAAGGCGACCAAGGAGGGUGACGGUGCCAAGGUUACGAGGUUCUUCAAGCUUUUCCCGUUGAUUGGGAGAGGCGAUGUUGGUCUCGACGUAUAUGGCCGAUAUGUAUGCCAGGGCGUGGCUGGCACGGCGAGAUCGGUCUUGAAGGAAGGGCCUGGCGUGCAAGCUCGAAAAGAAGGCUUCUUCUACGCCAAUGCCCUCACCAGGCUGUUCGACCAUAUUGCGCGCAUUGUCGAGGGACACGGAGGUCUUGUCGAGAGACACUACGGCUCAGGAAAGAUGGUCCGCGUUAUCGAGCGCCUGCAACAAGAGGCUGAUGUACAGGGUGGCAUCAUCCUUGACUCAUGGAGCGAUGAGCGCGAUGUCGACAGACGGCUCAAGGACGUCAAGAGUUACCCAUUCUCUUUCCUGGUUCAGAGCUUCCUGCCACCACAAAGAAGCGGGACGCCACGAGUCAAUUCACCUGCAAUGGGCGCUGGCGCAAAUCCGCGCCCCAGUGAGGAUGAGGGCGUCAAUAUGAAAGAGGUGGACGCAAUUCUUAGUGAGAUCGCUGUGAUGCUCGGCCGAUGGUCGCUUUACUCCCGCUUCUUAGCAGGAAAGACUCGGGAGCCCGAUGCCCCUGAGGACGCUCCUCUUUCCAUACCUGAAUUAGUCGUGAAGUCUAAUCUCAAGCGAAAGAUUUCGGACAAGCUUACUUCGCCAUAUAAUACCAUGAUGACCUUCUUCUUCCGAAGAUCGGUGGAGAAGGCUUUCCAGUUGGACGAAAUGCCAACUGGAUUGUCUCUUAGCAUGAACAAGCAGGUCGACACCAAUCAGCCAUUCAUCAUAUCCGCUGUCGACGAUGUCAUGUACGUCGUCAGCGCAGUCAUACAGAAAUCAACAUCUACAUCACAGAGAGACGUCAUUGCCUCCGUGAUCCCUACGAUCGGCCGCGUACUCAGCUCCGACUUCAUAGGCAUGAUCCAACGAAAGAUGCGCGACGAGUCCUAUCCCAAGCCAAUCGUACAAGGAGGCUUCCCGCCAGAAGACAAGAUCAUCCAAUUCAUUGUUCUCAUCAACAGUCUCGACACAGCCAAUGAGUAUCUCAACCGCAUCAUCACGAGCAACAUAGGCAGCGCAAACGAUGCGGCAAAGGCGAAUGGCGAAGCCCACGAGCCAUCGCUCAGAGACUCCUUCCCCUUCGACAAGGACGUCACAUUCGUCACUUCCGCCCUCAACACACUACACAGCUCCUUCACCCUCAAGACGACCGAGCUUUUCAACGAAGGCCUGCAAGUCCUCUUCCAGCGCGUGGUCCAACCACGACUGCGCCCCGUGCUUUCCGACACGUUCCGUGACGUGGAUUACUCUCUCACAGAGGAGGAACUCGCCGAAUACGCAGAGCAGAACGACGAGGACGAGGAGGAGAUGCUGGACCAGGUGUCCCGCCGCUUCGAGCACGGCUGGGACCAGCUGAUGAAGCCCAUCGCCCGCCUUAUGACUGCCCACACCUUCACGACGCUGCACGACCUCACAGCCCGGUACCUCGCGCGCGUCCUCGAGCGCAGGGUCUGGGACGCCAGGGCGAACGCCUACGGCGUCAUCCGCAUGGAGCGCGACUUCUCGAGCAUCGUCAGCACUGUGUCCAAGGGCAACUACGGCGUCAGAGAGCUCUUUGCGCGGGUGUCGCAGAUCCUUAUGGUGGCGAACAUGGAGGAGGAAGAGUGGGAGGAGAUCUCUGCAGUGGAUAAUCCGGAUGAGGAUGAGGAUGGUAUGAUUUGGGUGUUGACUGAGGACGAGAGGCGGCGGGCUAGACAACUUACGACCAGGGAGCUUUUCGAAGUUCUUACCCCUCCAAGGUUCUUCACAUUGGCUCUCACUUAUCGUAUAAGUCGCCAGCUCGCGACACACCUCUCACCUUUAAACCGCAUUCUUAUCAAACAUCUUACAACACAAGCCUUCACGAUGGAGACCCGCAUCGUUAAGGUUGACGCCCAAGGGCUCGGCAGCUUCACCAACAACUCUGGACCCGAGAGACUGAGCACAUGGGAAGUCAGCCCCUCCGCCUCAGGCGCCUCGAUAGCCGCCCUCCGCGACGCAGCGGAGUACAUGCGCACCAAGGCGACACCAGUGGCUUUCCCCACCGAGACUGUCUAUGGUCUGGGUGCCGAUGCGACAAGGAGCGACGCCGUCAAGGGCAUCUAUUCCGCCAAGGGCCGACCCUCAGACAACCCGCUCAUUUCUCAUGUCAGCGAUCUCGACAUGUUGAGGGGACUGCUGCGAUCCAGCGAUGAGAGCCAGACAAACGGCCAUGCUCAGAAGGACCCUAUCCCGGAGAUAUAUAAGCCUCUCAUCGAAAGGUUCUGGCCUGGUCCUCUUACGAUUCUCCUUAAGAACCCGACGCCGAGCAAGCUUGCGCCUGAGGUCACGGCGGGGUUGACGAGUUUUGGUGUCAGGAUGCCGUCGUCACCGUUAGCGUUGACACUCAUUAAGUUGGCCGGUGUACCGCUGGCUGCUCCUUCGGCGAAUGCGUCAACUAAGCCUUCGCCCACCACAGCACAACAUGUUUAUCACGAUCUGGAGGGCCGCAUCGAACUCAUCCUAGAUGGCGGGGCUUGCCAGGUCGGUGUGGAGAGUACGGUUGUUGACGGACUGUGCAGCCCGCCAGUCGUUCUGAGGCCAGGAGGCGUGAGCAUGGAAGAGCUGCGAAGCUGUCCAGGCUGGGAGGGCGUCACCAAGGCGUACAAGGACGAGAGCGAGACGGGGAAGUCGGCGCCAAGGGCCCCGGGCAUGAAGUACAAGCACUACAGCCCCAAGGCGAAGGUUGUGCUGUAUGAGCAUGCAUGCCCGGCGGGCGCUGAGGGCAUCGUUGCCGAGGACUUGCAGAAGGCGCUCAUUCAGCAGAAUGCGGAUGCGUUGACGAACGGAGACGGACCGACUUCCGCCAGGAUAGGAAUCAUCCGGACGAGGAGGUGGAAGAUCGCAGGUGGUCUGCAUCACGGUGCGCUGCAAGUUUCCAAGGUCCAUGUUGACGGGGCUGCGGAGGCGAACGCCAGGGAUGAGACGACGUAUGAGGUCCAAGAGGGCGAGCUUCAGGAUGCCGAGGACAAACCUAUGGCGACGGUGCUUGACAUUGACCUGGGAGACGACACCAGAGGAAUUGCGCAAGGCCUGUUCUCUGCGCUGAGAGAUUUGGAUAGAAGGGGCGCCAGCGUCAUCUUCGUAGACGGUAUCGACGACAGGAACGAUAUUGCAGAGGCGGUGAUGAACAGGCUUCGCAAAGCAGCAUCCGAGAUUCGGACAUAG